UUUGUUAUUUACAAAAAUUGUCAUUCUUCUCAAAGCCUUCACAUUUCUUGUCCAAUUGGUUUGCUUGCUGUUUACCCUGUUAACGUAUUGGCCAGAGAUUGGAUAAUCAUAUAGUUUCAAAUUUAAAAAUAUUCUCUAAAGGACACCUUAGCAGAUUUCUUGGCCAUCCACGCGCAUUGCGCAUUACGGCCACCAACGUGACAACAGAAAAACUACCCACUUGUUUUCGUGAAUGGAGAAACGAUUCGAGUUGGCCUGAUUGGUGCAAGUAGUUAGCAAGGCAAAACACCGCGUCGUCAUGGAAAUGUUACUACGUAAACAGUAGGUUCGAUAACCGAAUCAAAUAAGCAUAACCAUAGUUGAGCCUUGCAAUAUAAGGAUUGUUUGCCAUCAUCGAUUGGAUUCGAUUAGAGCAGAAUGUUGUCAGCAGACCAUAGAAUGAUAUUUAAAUUGUUUAAUUUUUUCUACUUCCUCACAAGACCGCUCGUAAAGUGGUUUUUGCAUCGCUUUACUAACCUGUGCGAAUUGCAACGAAUAUGUUAUGGUUGUCCUCCGGGAGCUCUGAGGACCAGAAAAGUUCAAAUGUCGUUGGAACUUUCAAGGAGGCCUAGAAUUAAGCAAAUGGUUAUGAUUCUAAACCAGCUGGUAAGCUCCGAAGUGGAAGAGUUCUUCCUAAAGGAAGAAAUUCAAACACGAUCAAUUGGAACGGUGCUACAGGUAAAAAAGAUAAAUCCCAAAGUACAUGUGGAUUUUCCGCGUACUUUUGGUGUAUGUGCGGAAAAGAUAUGGGGCUACAAGAGGCUGUGUUGGCAGAUCGAACAACUUAGAAGCACACAGUAUGAUUGCACCGAUGCAGAGCAUGAGAGGAAAUUAUUGUGUCUUUGGAAAUUGCUGAUGGGAGACGAUGAAAAGUUGAAAUGUCGAGUGUCGGAUCAGUGGCAGGAUAUCGGAUUUCAGGGAGACGACCCAAAAACGGACUUUCGGGGCAUGGGCAUUCUUGGCCUAGACAAUCUAGUUUUUCUGGCGCAGGAGUACAACGGUACUGCCCGACAUCUACUGUCUCACUCACAUCAUCCAACGCAUGGCUAUUUCUUUGCCAUAGUUGGUAUCAAUCUAACGUCAAUGGCUUAUCACCUGCUAGAAUCAGGUCUUGCACGAAAUCAUUUCUACAAUCAACCCCGGAUGUCGGUGGACGUGUUCCAUCAGUUCUACUGCUAUUUGUUCUUCGAGUUCGAUCGCUAUUGGGUUGAGUGCAAACCGAAAAGUAUAAUGGACUUCAGUUGGAUACAGAAGAAAUUCGACGACAACAUACGCAAGCUGCUGGCAAACGAUGGUUGUUGUUUCAAAAUGAACCUAGCAGUAGAAAGCAUUUGAAGCAUGCGUACUAAAGUCAUCACACAGUGCAAUUUAUCACCGGAAGUAUAGCAAAUAUUCGAAAAUUAUUCAAAACUUAAUUUAUUAGCAAGAUGAAAAAAGUGUGUUUUAGUUGAUUCUAUUUAUAUGGUACGAGUUACG